AUGGAAUACCAAACACAGUCCAAGAGUGCUCUGGAGCAACGUUGCCGUGAACAAUGUAUUCCCAUCCGGGGAAAAUCAAAGGAUGAACUUAUUCAAGCGCUUGUGGACUAUGAUAUGCAACAAGCAGUGCAAAGUGAUGCCGCAAACGCUUCUGAGGGAGGCAUGGUCAUACGGGAGAUACCUGCAGCUGAUGUCGGUUAUGUGCCAAGAUCUGGAGAUCCCUUGGACUCUUAUCUACAAACUGUUUUCAAAUACGUGGACCCAGCAGAUGCAAACCUCAGACUGCAGCUUAUCCUUAAAUAUCAGGAAAGAGAGACUGCAGAGCGCCUGGCCGAGAGAGAGAGGGAAGCUGCAGAGCGCCAGGCGGCAAGAGAGCAUGAACUAAAACUGGCAGAGUUGGAGAGGUUAAGUGCCUCACCUAUCAGUGUGGUUUCAAGAGACUAUUAUGCACCCAAACCACGUGCAGAGAAUUUUCCCACGUUGGACAAAGAUGGGGAUCUGGAUGUCUUUCUGCGCAGUUUUGAAAAGGUUUGCAGGCAGUACCAAUUACCAAAGGACCAGUGGGCAAAGUACCUCACCCCUGGUCUCAGAGGUCCUGCGCUGGAAGCAUUUGCAGAGCUACCAGCAGAAUCUGACCAGGACUAUGAGGCAAUUAAGGCUGCACUGCAGAGACGGUACAACCUUACCCCUGAGGUGUACCGAAAGAGAUUCCGGACUUUGCAGAAGCAUUCCAUCGAGAGCUACACUGCAGUUGUGGGACACCUGACGACGGCGUUCCGGCAGUGGAUUAGAGGGCUGGAGAUUACAACCUUAGAAAGCUUGGAAGAUCUGAUCAUCAAGGAACAGUUUUUGCAGCUGUGCCCAGCCAAUGUACAAGAAUGGCUGCUGGACCGGGAGCCCAAAACAGCAUGGAAAGCGGGGGAGCUGGCGGAUUUCUACACUGCUAACCGAGCACAAUCGGACCGGAGCAGAGGUUUUUCUAUGGGAGCUAGUGCCAUUUCUACGUAUCGGGAUAGCCGCAGGUGUUUUAUUUGUAAUAAAGUGGGGCACAUUAGCGCAACUUGCCCGGAAAAAAGAAAUCCUACGCCAUCCACAGGAGCGGGUCACCCCUCAGAAUCGCCAUCUUCGGUGUUGUUCGUCUCCAGCGCUGAGAACACCCCCAAUGUGAAUAUGCAACCUGUCACUGUGGGAAACAAGGUAACUGUGGGGCUCAGAGACACGGGGGCAGAAGUGACUCUUGUGCGUCCAGAGCUAGUGAGCUCUGAGGACUUUAUUCCUGGCAAGACCUUAACAGUGCGGGGAAUUGGGGGACUACGUCAUGCAGUGCCAAUGGCACGAGUAUUUUUGGAUUGGGGAGCAGGGAAGGGUGUAAGAGAUGUGGGGGUAUCAGAUAACAUUCCUACUAAUGUGUUACUGGGUACUGAUUUGGGUAGGCUGUUGUCAAAAUAUAUGCCGGAGGAUGAUACUUUUGAUUUAUCCAGACAAGUGCGACAUCUGAAACAACUUUGUACGGCCCUCUUUGCUGCUGGGAUACUGCUCAUCACAGUGCAAUUUGUAAAUAUAAGCAAACAAAACAGGGGAGACACCAACAGUGAUGAACCUAACAUCUGCUCCAUCCAGAUCAGAAUGGCAACAUCUGCAGACUUGCAGCUGUUGCCACUGGACCAGAAGGAUGGACCAAGAGACCAUUCCCUGCAUGGGUGA